CGGUUGCCCCGCAGCCCUGUCGUAACGUAGAAUACGGCUUGUCGAAAAACAACUUUGUUUUUUUACGUUCAAAAUAGCUGUUGGACGAGAUCAGCGUAGAAACGACAGCAAUGAAUAAACGCGAGUAUAGGAAUAACAUCAUACUAUACUGAUGAGUGUAUAUUGUGACAGGUAAGAAAAACGAAAGCGUUGGGAUUGGUGGACUCUGCUUGCCCUUCUUCAAGGAUGGACCCUGUGGUCUUGAGCUACCAGGACAGCUUGCUGCGGCGCUCUGACGUGGCCCUUCUGGAGGGCCCCCACUGGCUGAAUGACCAGGUGAUUGGGUUUGCCUUUGAGUACUUUGCCACUGAACGCUUCAAGGGGCUCUGUGAGUCCGUCUGCUUCAUCAGCCCGGAGGUUACUCAAUUCAUCAAGUGCGCAUCUAGCCAGGAUGAGCUGGCCAUUUUCUUAGAGCCCCUGGGCCUGCCAGAACGCAAGUGGAUCUUCCUGGCGGUCAAUGACAACUCCAACCAGACGGCUGGGGGCAGCCACUGGAGCCUGCUGCUCUACCGCCAGACAGGGAGCUGCUUCAGCCACUAUGACUCCCAUAGUGGGAGCAACUCCCUGCAUGCGAGGCGCAUUGCAGCCAAGUUGGAAACUUUCCUGGGCACCAGGGGGAAGGUUCCCUUUGUGGAGGAGGCAGCCCCGGCCCAGCAGAACAGCUACGACUGUGGCAUGUACGUGAUCUGCAAUGCGGAAGCUCUGUGCGAGACUGCGGGCACCGAGGACAGCCCUUGCUUGCUUACCCAGCUCAUCACUCCAGCAUACAUCACCCAGAAGAGGACAGAGUGGAGAAGACUGAUCGAACAGCUGGCCAAGAAAUGAUGGGCUGGUUAAGGAGACUCUCACACUAGCAUGUGUAUUAUAGGGCACUAAGGCGGCCCAGAGGUUUACCAAAUGUUUUAGCCUUAAAAACCUUGUUGAAUGUUUGACGUCAAAACAGUCUUUUUUGUCGGGCUCUGCAGAUCCAUUAUUUAUACAGGGUAGCUCCUUAAGCCUGCUUGAAGGGUGGUGGAGAAAUGUACCGAUAGGGUAUUCCCUACCUAAACCAGCAAACCGACAGUUGCUCAGCAAUCUAAAACACUUAAGUCCUUAAAUUCUGCCAAACUAAUGAAACAGUUUUUAAAUGCUUCAUUAUUGAUUAUGCUUGUCUCAAAUGGUUAUGAUAAUAUUUAGUAGGAACAGGAGAUUUAAACAGAGGGGAGUUCUGCAAUGAGACACAUGAUACUGUGAAUGUUUUAAUUAUCAAUUAACAUUUUAUAUGUUCAUUGUGGAACGAAUCAUAUUGUUUUAGUCUCUUUAUUUCCUGUAUAUGCAAUUUAAAAAAAAAAAAAAAAAAAUUGCGUGUGUGACUAUUCUGUUUUGCCCAAAACAAUAGUUGCCCUAAUUGGCUUUAAUUCUAUUGAAAGCAUAGAAUGCAGUGGAGGGCAAAAUUCAAAAGUGAUGCUUGUGCAAGGUAAAACGCUUACUAUAUAUAUAUAUAUAAAACUUGGAAAACUUCAAGCCUUGUGCAUAUACUGUACAACUAUGUGUAAUUUCAAAGUACAAUUUACUACAUUUAAUUAUUCAUUUUGUGCCCUUUUAAAAGAACAAAACAGAUUUAACAGCAAGUCCAGUCUAUCUGCAGACUCCGUUUUUUAAGAUUUUCCCAUGAGGCUUUUGAGUGAACAUGUGUUCUACAUUUACAAGGUUCAUAGCUCAGGGUCAUGUCCAAGUAUUAAACUGACGCAGGGGGAAUGUUUCUUAUUGAAUUUGAAAUAACUCAAAAUCAAACAAUGUUGAUUUAUGUACAUAUUAUUUUAGUGAUUUAUAUUUUCAUGCUCAAUUAUAUUGUCAAAUCCUUUCCAAAUUACAAAAAAUGAUCCAUCUCCUUUAUAGUAGCCUCUAAGGGUAAAUGCCCCCCCCCUUCCCCCAAGUUCAAGUCCAGACCUUAUUGUGAAAUCCAGGCAGGUUUGUCCACAGAGCCGCACAGGAGGAAGUAUUUCCACAAGCUUAAACUACAUUGGACAUAAAAAGAUGUUAAUUGCAUCUUAGGAAGUCAGGGAGGGGGAGAGACACACAGGAGUCUCAGUGAAUACACAUUACAACCUAGCACACCCCCACACUAAAAGCCUUGUAAAAUGCCUCUGCCAGAAACAAAUGAACCCUAAUGAGUAUCAAAACAAAAGCUACUAAUUGCUUCUAAACUUUCAAGUUCAGCAGCAGCUUCACUGACUUCUGAGAAAACAGUUUUAAACUCCUCUGCUGCAUGACAGGCGCACCCUCAAAGCACCUAACACUGCUUUUGAACUUUUCUUAUGGCCUCUGUAGCACGUUACAGAACUUGAGAGAAGCGAAGUCUUGAACUGUCACGAGUGAGAAGGAUUCUUUCAGCACUGAUUCAACCCUUCAGAACCAUUUUAUUAAGGUCUUUCCACAUAAAAAAGGAAUGAUUAAAUUGGUAGGUCCCCCUCAUUGUCGAAUUCACAAAAAAUCCCUGACUAAAAUGCAGCUGCAAUUGUGCACAAAAAUCAACUGACAAAUUCUACUACUGGGGAGACUGAUAUAUUUCCUGGUGUCUUUUAUCCACAGUUGAUAAGUUAUACCAAAGGGUUAGAUAUAUAGUAUAACGUACAAAUAAAACAAAGUGAUUGUGUCACAGACUGAGUAGUGCUAAUCUUGGACUAUCUAAUGUUAGCAUAGUCGAGGAUUAGUGAUUACCAGGGUCUGUGAAACAAGCAGUUAAUAGCGCGCAUCUCUAAACAGUAAUAUAAGGGUUAACAAGUGUGCCACAAUUGUUCACUAGUUUUGUAAUAUUAAAAGUGAAGACCUUGUUGAAAUCUUUCCCUUUGAGUUUGUCUCCCGUAUUAAUAUAACUGAGACUCAUUCAAGGCAUUGUCUCUCCCUUUACUGAAAUUAAACAUGUAUCACCAUUGACUUUCAAUUAGAAAAUUGCUAUUGGGUGGAGUUGUGUUU